UGUGUUCCCACUUCUAAAUUUCGGGGCCCUCUGAUGGAUGAUCCGCGUGCUUUUGCUGCGCCUGGCGCUGGCGUCGGGCUGCCCUGGGCACCCACCUUACGUCCAGGGCCCGGUGGAGGCGCUAUGCGCCGAGAACUUCCCCGAUGCUCGGCGACCGGGGCGAGCCAGGUGGCUGGUGCACUUCUAUGGGCCCAAAUGCCGCAGUUGCCGGGACCUGGCGCAAAUGCUGCAAGAGGUGUCCUCAUCGGAUCUGAAGCUGGGAGCCGUAGACUGUCGGCAGCCCCAGAACCAGGAGCUUUGCAGGAGCCUCAAGGUUUGGAAGCUGCCGGUCCUCAUGGCGCUGCCUGGGACGCGCUACAGUGGACCUUUGGAAUCAGAGGUAUUGACGCAAUGGAUUCGUGAUAUCUCAGAUAUCUCCCGACUUGAAGUGCUACCCCCCGCAUCUGAACAGAUGAGCCUUUGCCCAGCCUUUGAGCUCUAUGAAGAGCCACGUGUGGCACGUGAGUUCCUCGCGGCUCACAACAUCUAUCGCUGCACUGCAGGGAUCGCCAUGCUUGAGUGGGACCUGCCUCUUUUCCACAGCGCUCGGCGAUACGCCGACCGUGCGCCUUUGGAUCGCCUGGCCCACAGCGACCCACGGGAGCGCAAGGGCAAGCAUGGGGUCUACGGGGAGAACGUGGCGAUUGGCGAACACCUGUGGCCUGGCCAGGUGGUCGCCCGGUGGCACGACGAGAUUCGGAACACCCAGGAUGGGGUCUUCCGCCCAAAGCGGGCCGGGCUGGGUCAUUACACCCAGCUGGUUUGGCGGAAGACCCUGAGGCUGGGCUGCAGCUUAGGCCAAAAUCGGCGGGUGGCGGUGUGCCACUAUGACCCUGCCGGGAACGAGAAGGGGCGGCACCUUUCGCAGGUGGCUCCGCCGCUGCCAAACUAUGCUGGGAUCGAAGGCGAGGAGCGGUGUGGGGGCCUCGUGGAAGAGAUCGGAAGGCCGUGAGUGAGAAGCGAGGGCCAUACCCGCCCACUUGAAACAUUGGGAUGGUCGGGGAAGGAGGGGGAACCCGCGCUGGA